CCACAUCCACUACAACAAACAAAGUCAGUAACACAAUUUAUAUACAUAUAACAACAGCAACAACAUCAGUUAAACAAACAUUCGCACAGACAGACACACGCACUCCCAACAACAGAAGAAACAAGGCGAGCGAGCUCCGUCGUCAUUAGUUGUACCAAUGCCAUAGAGGAGGGCAGGAGCAGCGAAAAGAAGAGGAGUCGGCGGCAUGUCUCAUUUACUAAAACGCACCAAGAAGUCCUGUCUCAAGUUUCUGCGCAAAAUAUCGACAUCAAAGCAAUUGUUUGUGCAACGCCUGGAGGAGGACGAUAUAUCCAGCAACUGCAACAUUGAACCGGCCGCGGACACUUGCAGCUACGAAGGCUUUGCCGAUGACGCGCACGACAAGCAAUACGAGGCUCAGCGCUAUGGUAAAAGCAAUAACAACAACACGUCAAGCCCCCUCAAAACCGGGCAAUGCUUCGCGCAAGUACAGGAAGCAGCAGCUCCGGAGCAGCAGGCGGAAGAUGUCGAGCAGUCGGAAGAGGUAAAGCUGGAAGAGAACGAGGAGAACCAGAACGGACAUGCGAUCAUCAAUGGAUUGACAUCAAAAUUCUUUCUUGGUGCCGAUGGCUACGAGUUCCGCAGACUGCAUCAGCUACGGAGCGAUGCCGCCUCCGAAAUUCUCGAAUGGGAGCCUGAAACGGACACAGAGAUAGAAUGUGAUCCCAUUUAUAGCCAUAGCCAAGGUGCGACUAAUGUGCAGUUCGAGCGGGUGCGAUACAAGCAAAACGUCCGCUACUUGCGGCAUACGCCAUCGAACUCUAGCCUGGAUCUGCAACAGCAGGUGGCAGCCAAGCCACCAGUUCCCAACGAUAGAGAACGCCAACUCUGGUCCGUUUCCCAUCCCUGCAGCGUCAGCUUUGGCUCCAAAUUCGAUGGCUUAUACCACAAUGUGGUAAUUAGGGAGCCGCCACACGACGACUAUCCCAUUGUCAAGUGGGAUAUCAAUGGCAACUCCCUGGAUGAUGAGUAUCUCGAUGUGAGCACGGACUGGGCCGAUUUUGACAACCGUUGGCGUCAGCUCCAGUUGCAGGACAGACGCCCCACACAUAACCCCUAUUCGCUGAGGUCCAGCCACCAGUCAAGCGCUUGCACUCUGGAGACCUGGAUCGAUGAUGCCGAACCGUUGAGCGGCCUUUUCGAUGAUCAGCCACACGGCUCGCUACACACCAGUGGCAGCAACAACAACAACAACAAUAAGAACACCAACAGCAGUAACCUUUGCCUUAAGAGUUUCUGAGACUCGACAAAAACUCGUGAAUGGAAAAGAUUGCGUAUAUAAGUACCUACGCUUAUAUAUUUCUUAGUCUUAACAUUUAACUAUAGUUGUGAAUAUGAGAUUUUUUGAAAAUUAUUAUAGCGAUAACAAUGAAC